UUUUUCUACUUUUAUUUGAUCACGUUUUGUGUUUUAUCAUGUGUUUUGUCGCUUCAUUUUUUUUCAUCUGUACUUCAUUUCUACAAAUAAAAAUAGUGUUUUUCUUUUUAUUUCAUCUUUUUUACAUUUGAUUUAUUUUAUCCCACCUUGUUUUUAUUUCAAAUAUCUUUAUUACCUAUUUUAUUUUUAAUUGUCAUUUUCUCAAUUUUUUUCACUUUUCCCAUUUUGUUUCACCUUUUAAAUUGUGUUUUAUUCUAAUACUUUUUUCUAUUUUUAUAUAUCAAUUUUAUUUUUAAAACUUUUAUUCCACUUUGUGCCAUUUUUCAAAGUUUUAUGACAUCACAUUCAUAUUCAUAUUCAUUAAAUUUGAUUCAAUCCAGUCACUUUUCAUUUCAUUUUUACUUGACGUAUAUGAUCUUUGUUUGAUUUCAGCUUUUUAACGCAUUUUUACAAUUGUAUAUUGAUUUCGGAGCACGUUACUGUAGCUCAUAUGAAGACAUGUCAUUCAACUUUACAUCUGACACAACAGCUUUACACUAAUAUCAUUUCAUGUUUGUACCAACAAUCAUUCUUCCAGUUUGAAGUGGCCUGUUUACAUCCAGUACAUUCCUCUACCAACUUUUCUUUGAGGGGGACCACACAUCAUCUGUCAGUCAUCAGUAAAUCAUUCAGUGUUAAGAGUGAAGACACAAAAAGUCAUCGAAGGAGACCUCUCCCUGGCAGUGACAAGACUCUUCCGUGAUGUCUCCGGACGCAGAUCCGGAGGUCCGUCCCGAGCGGGGUGGCAUUGGCGCAUGUUCGCCGGCCAGGUUCACGGAGGCUUUAACGUGGCGUCUUGCUCGCACCCUGGCGCUGGGUCAGGUCCUGGCUGCGUUGGUGUGCGGUACGGCCGUGUCGUCUCAGUAUUUAAGCUCCGCAUUCCGGGUGGAUGCUCCCAUGCUGCAGAGCGUCCUACACUACGCACUCCUUGGCGCAACUUAUACACCGGCACUGCUCUGCAGGACAGGUCCUGUGAGUGUGUUCCAAAUGGGUUGCAGGCGAUGGCUGCUGUACUUCCUGCUGGGGCUGGUGGACGUGGAGGCAAACUACAGCGUGGUCAAAGCCUACCAGUACACCACACUCACCAGUAUACAGCUUUUGGACUGCUUUGUGAUCCCGGUGGUCAUGUUUCUGUCCUGGUGGCUCUUGAGGACACGGUACCGUCCCAUCCACUUUGUGUCCGUCUGCAUCUGUUUGUUGGGCGUUGGCGCCAUGGUGGGGGCUGACCUACUGGCGGGGCGAGACCAGGGCUCCACCUCCAACAUCCUGCUGGGUGAUGGCCUAGUGCUGCUCAGUGCUGCCCUCUAUGGGAUAUCCAACGUUUGGCAGGAGUAUGCCGUCAAGAAUCAAAGCCGCCUCGAGUUCCUGGGAAUGCUGGGGUUCUUCGGUACCAUCAUAAGUUCAAUACAAAUGGUGGCCCUGGAGCUUCGCCAAGUGUCAGCCAUCCAGUGGAGCUGGCAAGUAGCUCUGCUAUUUGGGGCCUUCGCGUGUUGCAUGUUCAGUUUGUACAGCCUGAUGCCCGUGGUCAUAAAGGAAAGCAGCGCCGCCGCCGUCAACCUGUCCAUGCUCACCGCCGACGUCUUCAGCAUCUUUUGCGGCAUCUUCAUCUUCCACUACAAUUUCUCAGGUUUGUACGUGGUGUCCCUGGUGGUUAUCUUUGUUGGCUUCAUCACCUUCAACGCUGUACCCAUCGACCCGUCCUCCUCCAACUGUGAGAGGGGUAGCCAUGACAACACUGCUCAACCAUCCAACCAGGAAGUGGCGGUGAUCGGAGAGAAGCAGUAUAUGAGAAUUCCAGUUGACUGCACUCGAUUGUGAAACUUCAAAUUUUUUUUUCCAGAUUUGUUCCUUACGCCACAACUGUUGAAAAGCUUGAAAGCCAAAAACCCAACUUUUGUUUGAAACCCGAAGUCCAGUUUG